UUCAUUCCAGACAACUCGUUACUGGCGAGGAGUGGCCUAGUCCAGACUUAUUUCCGAAACAUACUUGCAGAUGGCCGACACCGAGCCUGGGCCACCUCCCAAUUGGCGCAUCCCCAAGGCGUGCCAAGAGUGCAGACAGCGCAAGAUCAAGUGCAGCGGCGAGAGUCCAUGCAAAACCUGCCGACUGCGACGGACACCCUGUCUUUAUCGAGAGGUUACCCGACAGCGCAAGAGAAAGCAUGAAACAACUCAGGCUGAUAGCCGCUCUGGAGAGGGACUGUCGGAUGGGCCUCCAUCCUCUCGCCGCGAGCCCGGCCAGUCAGGACUCCACCGAGAGGAACUGCCUCUGGGCUUCAAUAAUAGUGUCUCAGCCACGCAUAUGACUUCUCCGUCCAACAAGGUCCAGCUAUACUAUGGGUCGACUUCUCAUUUUGCUCUCAUGCACGAGAUAUACCGGGAUCUGACAUCCAACCCGGCAGUGCACCCAGAGCAGGGGGCCCACGGCCGCGUGGAGGAAGCCAGCGCUGGCCUGGACAUGCUUAGCUUUCGCACUAUUUUCUUCGGGAUCCCGGCAGAUCCUCAUAAGGAUUCGUCGCGGGGUCUAAGUGGUGCGGAUUCCCAAGUCAUGUUACUGUCGUAUGAGCUCGCGAGUCUGUUUUUGGACUCCUUUUUAGCUACCCUCUAUGGUCUCUUGCCGGUCUGGCCGACAGAAGUCUUCCGGCGGCGCCUAAAGCAGCUGUAUGGGCCUCGCCCCACAUCUAGCAUGGAGACGCAUCACUCAGUCUUGCUGAUGGCCUUGGCUCUAGGCGCGCUGGUAUCAGAGCACCAUGCAUGGGGCGAUGUUUUGUACGAGCGUGUCAAGGCGUCCUGCAAUGUUCUUGACGACACGAACGAGGUGGGAAGACCAAACUCAUGCUACCUCCAUCUGGGAGCCGCCGCUCGAAAGGCAAUUUCUGCCGGUCUGCACAAGGAAUCACCUCAGGGGAACGGGGAUAGUGCAGAGUGCGCUGAGGAAAGGCGGAGGACGUUCUGGUAUCUUUACAUAUAUGAGAACUGGAUAUGCUUCCAUCUUGGACGGCCAAGUUCAUUGUCACGGAGAGACGCCGGGAUUCCUACACCUCAAGACCCUUUCUGUUUGGCUCUGUUGAACCUUUCCGCUGCUAUAUGUCGAUCCGCCGAUGAGCUGUACGGCCGGCAUCACGAGUCGCUGUUGCAAAUGUGGAGGAUUGCCAAGUCAAUUUGGGACGAUUUGCGGGUCUUUGACUCCAAGAUGCAGCGCGCCCUGGGUUUCGGGCUUGAUAAACGCCCUCAGCCAGGCAGCGUAGGAGUUCAACAAACAAUGUGUAUUACCUUAUACUAUCACACCAUCCUCCUCACCUUCCGUCCAUUCCUCAUCUUCCGAGGCCGAUGGAAUCAGGACAGGACACAGGCUUCUGAAGAGGUCAAGACAAAACGGGAAAUCCCAGACUGGCUUAACCAGGCUUGUGGUUAUGCGCUUAGUGCAGCCUGCAGGACUAUCCAUUUCCUGUGUGAGUCUUACACGGCAAAUGAACUCGUCAGGGCAAUACGAUACCAUGCCUAUUUCCUGUCCAGUUCAUGUUUUGCGCUUAUCUUCGACCUCAUUCAUGGCAAAGACCUAGCCGCUUCUCACCUUCCCUGGAUCCACGCAACCCUCAAAGCCCUGAAAAGCAUGUCUCCAGCCGAUGCAGUUGAAGCAUCCAUCCGUGCCAUUGAAACAAUACUCAAGCAGCUCGACCCAGCGUACGAAUGGGGUACGCAGACGCAAACUGAGCCGCGGAACCCGUCUUAUACAUUUAACCAAGGACCAAGUACAGCCAUAACCCGGUCAUAUGAUGUGGGUCCGACACAGCGCAAUCGUCACUCGCCCUCCACUAUAUCUAACCCCGGUGCCGGCUCGGAUCCCUUGUUAUAUGACUUCCAGGGCAACUCGCUCGACCAGGGCAUGCAUAUGCCAGCCACGACUGGAAGUACGGGAACUGGUGAGGAUUUACUUGACUUUACACUAUCCGACAUGGGUUGGGAUUUCGACUUCUCCACUAUGGAUCUGGAGACGUUUUGCUCGAUCAAUUCUGUCUUCGAAGUGCCUAUGGCGUGA